CCGCCAAUCGACCCAUCUACCCGAGCCACCCGCACGCGCGAUCAUAAACGAUGUCCGCCUCGUCGACUGCAAACCCCGAGGAGUCCAGAACGUACGGAUCGGCACCGGGACGGUGGUCCGGCUACAUGCGCGAGCUCUUCGCGAGCAGACGCCCUCCUCCCCUGGGCUCCGUCGACCCCGACAAGAUAGAGGCUGCUGCACGGGAGAAGCUCAAGGACAGCCCAGGCUCAUUCGCCUUCGUGUUCGGGAACGCGGGUUCGGGGGAGACGUUCCGCAACAACCGCGCUGCUUUCAGCAAAUGGCAAAUCGUGCCCCGCAUGCUGCGAGACGUGACCCACCGGACGAUCGAGACCACGUUGUUCGGUGUCACCCACCCUUCACCGCUUAUCGUCGCUCCGAUAGGAUGCCAGGGCAUCCUGCACGCAGACGGAGAACUCGCGACUGCGCGCGCGGCAGGAGGUCUGGGCAUUCCGAUGAUUCUCAGCGGUGCAGCGACCAAGUCUAUCGAGGCCGUCGCGAAGGCGAACGGACAGGGGCACCGUUGGUACCAACUCUACUGGCCGAUAAACGAUGACAUCACGCUGUCCAUCCUCUCGCGUGCGAAGCAGAACGGGUACUCGGCGCUCGUCGUGACCGUGGACACGAUGGCCAUCGGCUGGCGGCCGUACGACGUCGACGCCGCGUUCAUCCCGUUCGCGCACAGCGUCGGGAUCCAGGUCGCGCUGUCCGACCCCGCGUUCAUGAAGGCGCAGGGACUCGAGGUGGACCCGAACGAUGACAUCGUCGAGUUCCCGUACGACCCCGCGAAGUUCGACGAGCUGUACGUGAACGGCGACGAGAAGACGCGGCGGGGCGUGAAGCUCGCGGCGGCGUGGGGCCAGCAGGCGGUGAACGGCGUGUUCAGGACGUGGACGCACGUGGAGUUCCUGAGGCAGAAUUGGGAGGGACCGCUGAUCAUUAAGGGGAUCGUGAGCGUUGAGGACGCUGAGUUCGCGAUCGACAACGGGGUAGACGGAAUCAUCGUAUCUAACCACGGCGGACGUCAGGUUGACGGAGCGAUCUCUACGCUGCUCGCUCUGGAGCGCAUCAUGGCGUCUCCGACGGUGAAGGCGGCGCAGGCGAGCGGAAAGUUCACCAUCCUCUUCGACUCGGGCAUCAGAUCUGGGGCAGACAUCUUCCGCGCGAUUGCACUGGGCGCCCAAGGCGUACUUCUCGGCCGGACCUACGCAUACGCGCUCACUGUGGCUGGGCAGACAGGCGUGGAGACGCACAUCAAGAGCAUCCUCGCGGAUUUCGAGCUGACGCUGGGGCUGUCGGGCUACCGGAGUAUCGCCGAGAUACAAGGGAAGGCGGGCGUAGCCACGAUUAAGGUGGAGUAGGUGGACUGCCGACGUCGGAGGUGAGUGGAGGCGUGCUUCGUCUAAUGGAGUCCGUGUACAUGUGCUACGGCGUAGAGUACAUAUCUCAAGAAUGACCUAUCCCCCAAGA